UGUUCCUUCAAAACGUAUAAAUUUUUAAAACGCAUAGUAUAAUAAGAGCACGGGUCGUAUAUGGUAUUUCAAUUUAUUGUUUGUUUGAUUCGAAUCAUUAUUUAAAACCUAUAACGUUGGCGUUCGGUGUUGCCUAAAAAUGUGCGAUUGUUUCUUCAAAACGUGUGCUGUAAUAGCAAUACUUAUUAGUUCGGUAUUGUGCAUGAAUAUGUACUUAUUUUGUGUAUUGAUAUAUUGGUACACUAUAGAUAAGAUAGUAACGUGUGGACUUGUUUUACUUGCGAUGUUCCCAAUUGAAGCAAUUUAUGGAGUUUUUAAGAAGAAACCAGCGCAAAUGAUUCCUUAUUUGUUUGCACAAGUCAUUUGUUUGGCGGUAUUUGUAUUUAUUGUAGCAGACGGGUAUGAUGAAGGUCGAAUGAAAUCAACUAAGAAUCUUCACUUUUUUGGAAUUAUUACUGGUCUCUCAUUACUAUUGUUCGUGAUCACAUUCAUGUAUUACCGGAAGAUUAAAAGAGAAAAUGUAAAAUCUGUGUCAGACGAGCCGCUUACAGUAGACCACAACAGCUGUACUGUAAUUCCACUGCACACGCCGACACAUUCGUGUAUCGAUAGUGCUAUGCACGCUAUUUCAUUACUAGCUGACCUCGAAUUUCUUGAUGUGUAGAUUUUUAAGAUCAUAAAAUUCUGAGUUAAAUGAGCCUAAUUUGUUAGCGCAUAUUUCGAGCCUAUGCAUAUAGAUGUAAGUAGGUAUUACCUAUUUUAGCCUCUUUAAGCGCAUAUUUGUCAUUUGAUCUUUUUUUCCAUUUUUCAGUCACAUAUUGAAAAUUUUGGCCAAAAACCUUUUUUUUUAAUAUUUUAUUUUAUUAAAAAUGGUAAAACUUGAAAAAAAAAACAAACAAAAUAA